AUGAGAGCUCAGACCAUUAAUCGUUUACUUAAAAUUACCACUCCGAAAUUUGCUAUCGACAAAAGAAUCCUCACUUGCACAUUUCCGUUUACCGGAACUUGGGUGACUAGCAAUCGUGGAACAUGGACUGUGUCUUCCAGCUCCAUUCAGAACUUCAAGCUGAAUGUGGAUACUGCAGGGUCCAGUUUGUGGACCAUGGACUGCUAUUCAUCCGACGGUACCAACUACGUCCUUAAAUCAAAUGGAAUCUUUAACCCGUUUACCACCGUAAACACUUACAUUUACCUCUGUAUGAGCUUUACGUCACAAAGCAGCACAAAAUACCUGUUCAACAUGCUUACAGCUGAGUCUGAUGUGACGCCUUCUGUUCGUGAGCGUGUUAUCAUCAAGCACACCUCGAUCACGAGUGUAAGCCAGAGUGAAGUGUGUAAUGACACAUCUGAUCUUGGAGUGGAAAGACACCACGUGGCACUUCAGUCUGGUUCCGAGGUUGCAGGAGCGGUCACGUGUCCCACAAGUAUCCAGGGCACCUGGUCUUACACGUACACUGGACUGUCCUGUAGUGAUACAUAUCUGGAUACGUGUACAGACAAAACAAAGUUCGCAUACAAUGACACUGUAUGCACGGAUAACCCUAUGUUCUCUAAUGAUGGUACAUUGCACUGUGUAUACAGCGGAACAAGCGGAAGUAAUACGUAUGUCACUUUAUACAAUGCUGAUUCGUCAGUCACAAGUCCGACCAGCUUCAAGUUUUCCUGCAUGGUUUAUACAACUUCCGGAAGUACGGUAUCUGCAACUGUAAAUCCAGAAGAGUGUAUCACAGGUCAAACCUCCACGUCCAUAACUUCCACUUAUGGCAAGGUCGUGACCUUUACAGAUAUUUCCACAACACCCUGCAAUCCAACCUCGACAUCAGAAACAGACUUAACUUGGCUAUAUAUUCUCCUCGGCGUUCUGAUAGUUAUUAUCAUCGUUUUAAUCAUCAUCAUUCUCCUUUGCAUCUUCUGUCGUCGUCGAAAACGACCAAAAAUAGAUGACGAAGAACGCAAUAUCACUGAAGAGUCAGACGAUGAUAAGAGUAUAGAAGACCAGAAGAGUUACCAGGAACCACCGAAAGAGGAGACCAAACCGGAAGAAGAAGAUGAUAAGGCUUCCCAGGAUUCAGGUUUUAUUCCGGAUAAAAUUGACAAAGAGGAAGAACAAAAACACGAUGUUAUAUCCGGGUCAGAAGAGAAAAAAGAAGAGGAAGUCCGAGUGGAAGGUGACGGACAAACAAAGGAGGACCAGGAGAGACCAGACACAGUUGUGAGUAAAAUGUCGGAUCUCGGUAGCACUCUAGCACCAUCAGAACAGGUAGACGGGCCCACGCCCUUUCCACAGGAGGAGCCCACUCCGAGGGAAACGGAACAAGAUGACGAGCAUAGACCAGAGGGACCAAGUUCUGAAAGCGGCGAAUCUACCGAGGACGAAGAGGAAGUACAGAGGCGGAUCAGAGAAAUUGGGGGGAAGAAACAUGGACCAGAUUAUGUGCCUGAAGGUCAGUUAAGCAAGGUGCUGGUCACCAGAGAUAUGCAUGAGAAAAAGAGAAACAAGAAACAGAAGAAACUUGGUCGUCUUGUUGGGAAAUCAAAAAAGAAACAAGACAAGCGUAAAAAAGAUGGGGGUACCCCGGACCUGUUAGAAGAGGAGUCUCUGAGACGAAAUGGAGACGGAAUCAAGGCGGAGUAUAUGGAACAGUAUAAGAACAAAAAACGGAUCGAGACCAAACUGGAUGAGGAACAUUACUGGAGCGUUGAUGACGGACUGGAUCAGUUCAAACUGGAAGACUAUGAUGACGAAUUUGAGGAAUCAUUUCCAAAGGGGGAUGAACUGAAUAAAGAUGAAGAGAAGGUGGAUGUUGAACAUCUUGAUAAUGUCGAUGACACGACUCGCGCGAACAUCGACGGCGGAGAAAAAGAUCGCGAAAAGGAUAGCGGGACGGAUAGUCCAGGACUGAAGGACACUGCCCAAAGAGACGAUGAUAAUGAUGCAAACAUCGACAGUGAUCCUGAUCUCCGCGAUGUGGAGGAUGACGAAGUUUUCGAUGAAGAGUAUGUCAAAGGGACCAGCAACCUUCCUCCAGGAUUCAUUCGCGACACAGAGGGUCGAAUCAUUAGGGUGACAGAUGGCCAAAUAAUAUCAGAGGAAGAAAUGGCGCGGUAUUUCAAGAGAGCGAGAAUCAAAAGACUGUUUAGAAUUCAGCGACUGAAGCGGAACAAGAAAGGGCGACCAACAGGGGGUUAUAUAGCUGAUGAGUUUGGACCAGAGGCAACCCAACCUAAAAAUGAGGAAAAGAAAGAAAUAGACGGGGAAGACGGACCUAAACCCAAGCAUCCACGAUCCUCAGCUGACAGAGUAGGCACAUCAGAGCGAAAACAAAGAACUUCUUUGACGAAAGUGGAUAAUAGCGGCGGAAAGUCGGUGGCUUUCAAUGUUGGCAAGGAGGACGAAGAGGACCUUGUUUUGUUUGGCGAAGACGACGAUGACGUCAAACGGAAGGGCCGUCGUGAUGUGGCAACACCAAGUCGGGAACUUCUGAAGAAGCGCUUGUUUAAAUCUCGGAAAAAACGUGACCCUCACUUGAUACAUGUGUCGGAGUCAGAGAAACCCAGGGAACUGAAUGAUUUGGUGAAGGUUUACGGUCGGGGUGGAGGAGUGGCGUCAUCAUUUGGGGGACAAGGAAUAGGGGGACGGCCACCUCUUCCUCCGUCCUCUCUGCAGAGGAACGACAGCACGCGGGGUUCCCUUAACCCCGAACAACUCAGACAGUUCAGACAAGGACUGGCCAAUGAUAGAAAGUUUUUGGAACAAAAGAAAGGUGAAAGAGACGCCCUUUACGUAAGGGAAGCAUUCACAACCCCCAAUGAUCUCGAAAUUGAAGAAAUUAGAAUGGACAAUGAGGAUGGUAAAUCAAUUGAUAUUGGCGAUGAGGAUGAGUUUGUACUCGUGGGUGACAGAACACAUUCUCGGCCUGAUGGAUACCAAAAUUCACCUGAACCGUUUUUCACGAUUGUGCGACGCAGUGGAGAAAAGCUCAACAAUGAGCCAGCACCGCCAUGGUGUACACGUCACGAACUACGUCACACUAUUCCAUGGUCACUCAGAGAACCGACAUCUAUGACGAGAGCUAAUACAACACUUAAUGAAUCUGGUGAAAGCAUGCGCUUAAAUGGUGCUUCAAAAUCAGCGGACGCCAGGAAACGAGAUAUGGACGAAUGGCGUUUGAAAAUACUUUUAGAAGAACUAUAUAAAGACAAAAAGUAUUUUGAUCAUGUGAUUGACUCAACAGAACGAGAUAAGGAUCCGAUAUUAGAUGAGCGGGACCUUGCAGAACAUGGACGUGGAUAUCUGCUGGACAGAGCUGAAUUCUGGGAUCAACAGAUGAGGGACCAUCCUAUUCCCCUCCCACCGUGGUGUGUCCCCUCUCGUGUAAAUACAACAUUGAAGUUAGAAUCAGGACGGGGAUCUCAGACCUCCACAGUGACACCUCCUAUAUAUAGAUCCACACCCCCGCCCCAUAACGUGCCAAACAAUAGCAAAGACUCACUCUAAACCCCUGUUGCAGUUUUUUGGUUGAAAAAAAUACAUAUGUUAAUCACAAGUUAUUACCUCCUCAGAAAACAGCAACAUGUUUCUUCCUUGUGAUUCGGGUAUCGAAUAUAUCUUGAGGAUUUUUAUUUGACAGCUCAGUAUUCCUGUUGAUUUUCUGUGAUACUUGUGACAAUAUUUUGCAGUCGAAAGGCUUACCUUGUAAAAUAUUGUUAGACAUUAUGUUCAUUUAUCAAUUAUGUACGUUGAGAAUGAUUUUUUUUUUUGGAUAGAUUUGAUUGUAGCCAAACUUAUGCUUAUAUGGCAUUAAUAGUUAUUUUAUGAAUUUCUUGAAUGGCGUGUGAGAGAAGCCGAUUGCUGAGAUGUGAUACAAGUCUGUGAUGAAUGUUGUUACAGUGUACCAUCAGUAUUAAUUUAGUUAUUUAUUUAUUUACAAUCUUAGUGUGUCUCUUGUGUAAUCACAUCGCUCAAGUUAUGUAAGCUUUCCAAUAUGUUUGGAUCUUAUCUUCUACGCAAGUCUCACUCUGGUUAAAGUUCUUGAUAAUAGAUGUACUUUGCAUUUCAUAUGCGUAAUGCAAUGUGGCGAAGGGAAUGCAGUAAUAAGUAUUUGAAACAAUCCAUGCCUUAUUAUUUAUUUUGACAUUCAAAUUCGAAUACUGAAUAAAAUUGUCUCAAUCCA